AUGCGGCACGGAGCUGCCCUGCGCUGCCUGCCCGUGCUCCUCGCCGCCCCGCGCGCGGGCGGCCUGCGCGGUGCCGCGGCGCCCGCGCCGAGCUGCGAGGCGGCGGCCGGCCGCUGGGGAGCGCGGACGGGGCCCGCUCGCCGGAUUGCUCUCGUCUUCCGCGGCGAGAUCUUCCGUGCAGAGGAGAACGACGAAGCGGUCGUGGGCAGAGAUCUCGGCUAUCAUCUUCACAGGUUCACUUGUACGCCGGAGGCGCUGGAGCGACACAAGGAGUACAUUGCGGCCGAUCACUUUGCCUUCAUAGCCGAGCUGGAAGGCCUGGGGUACGCCGUUGACGUGCUGGGCACAAGCUACCACUGCAAUGGCCCGCGCACCUUCACUCCAUCUUACAGUGUUGACCGUGCGAUCUCUGAAAUAUACGGGGACCGUCUGCGCAAGUUAACAAUGAACAGAGUUCAGAAUGGCACGCAGCAAGGGGGCUUGCAAACCGCGGCCAGAAUGGUUCUUGACUAUUCCGCCGAGCAUGACGUUGCAUACGAUUAUGUUUUCAUCAUGCGAUGGAUGCAUACGAGAGAAGCGGGAUCAUGGGGUUGCAACAUGAAGAACAACAUGAACGCUUUCGAAUGGCCAGUAAACAAUUGCGAGCUGGGUGAUGGUGGGAGCUGUGAUGUCUUCCAUGCAAUUCCACGGAAGUUUUUCCCGUGUUUUGAAGAAUUUCUGCGAACGGUUCCCGUUGGCGAUGACGACGCUUGCUGCAUGGGUUGCCGUCAGGAUUGUAUGGACUGUAUGGGCAAUUUCAGGAAGCAUGUCUACCACAUCGAUGUUCCAGGUGAUGCUCAAAAUUCAACGAAAGUGCCCAUAUGCAUCAGAGAUGCUAAAUCCGUGCGGGCGAAACACUACGUGAACAUUCCGAAGGAUGAUGAAGAAUGGUUGAACACCGAGAGUGACAAAGACUGCCCAGACGGGCCUCCUCGGAGGCACGCCAAUCCAUAUUGA